AUGUUGGACUCCAGAGAUGCCAAACAGAGCUUGGGCCUCAAAAAUGUCCGAUGGAAAGGCUCGAGCACUCAAGACAAACUGGACACGUCUGCUCCAGGAGAAAGAGAACCAGCCAGUGCCAUCCAGGGGCCCUGCCCGAGGUACCCCCCAACAGUCUGUGCAGGUAGCAAGAAGGAGGCUGGAGGCCGGAGAGACUGGCACUACCACCAGGGAGAAAUCGACUUCAUCGGUUCUGGGAAGAAGCAUGCAAAGUUCCUGAGGGUGCCCAGCACCGUGCCUCCCAGCAUCCUCUUCGAGUUCAUGGUCAGUGAGUGGCACCUGCCUACGCCCAACCUUGUCGUCUCGCUGGUGGGUGAAGAGCGGAACUUCCCCAUGAAGCCUUGGCUCCGAGACAUCUUGCGGAAGGGACUGGUGAAGGCCAUGCAGAGCACAGGGGCAUGGAUAUUCACCAGCGCCCUGCGGGUGGGUCUGGCCAAGCAUGUUGGGCAGGCAGUUCGAGACCAUUCUCUGGCCAGCACAUCCAGCAAAGUGAGGGUGAUCACCAUUGGGAUUGUAUCACUGCCCAUGGUCCUACACAAGGAGGUUUUGGACGACUCUCAGAAUGAGAACCCAGUCCCCUACAAGUCAGAUGACAGCAGCCAAGGCACCCUCUACUCCCUGGACAGCAACCACUCCCACUUCAUCCUGGUAGACCCCCUGCUGGACAGAGCCUCAGUGGCAGCCAGAGCCCCUGGGCAUGAAGACCCAACCACCAGACUCAGGCUCCUGCUGGAAAAGCACAUCUCAGAGCAACGGACCGGCUACGGAGGAAAAGGCAGCAUUGAGAUCCCUGUGCUUUGCUUGCUGGUCAAUGGGGGCCCAUGCACCCUCGAGCAAAUUUUCCAGGCAGUGGAGAACUCUGCCCCUUGGCUGAUCCUGGCGGGGUCGGGCGGCAUGGCGGACAUCAUCGCCUCCCUGAUGAACCAGCCCCACCUCAUUGUGCCCCAAGUGAUGGAGAAACAGUUUAAGGAAAAAUUCCCCACUGAGAACUUCUCCUGGGAGGACAUCCUCCACUGGACGGAGCUGCUCCAGGCCAUUACAGCCCGGCAGCACCUCCUCACUGUCCAUGACUUCGAACAGGACAGCUCCGAGGAGCUGGACACUGUCAUCUUGAAGGCGCUAGUGAAAGCCUGUAAGAGCCACAGCCAGGAGGCCCAAGAGUACCUGGACGAGCUAAAACUGGCCGUGGCCUGGAACCGCAUUGACAUUGCCAAGAGUGAAAUAUUCAGUGGAGAUGUGGAGUGGAAGUCCGGUGACCUGGAGGAGGUGAUGAUGGAUGCCCUGGUGAAUGACAAGCCAGAGUUUGUGCGUCUCUUUGUGGACAACGGUGCCAGCGUGCCUGACUUUCUCACAUAUGGGCGGCUGCAGGAGCUGUAUCGCGCGGUCCCCCAGAAGAGCCUGCUCUUCCACCUGCUCCUCAGGAAGCAUGAGGAAAGCAAGCUGACACUGGCAGGGCUGGGGGGCGGGCAGCUGGGCAAGGAGCCGCUGGGGGAGCCCCCCUCAUUCUCGCUCCACGACGUGGCCCGUGUGCUCAAGGACUUCCUCCAUGACGCCUGCCGGGGCUUCUACCAGGACAGCAAGCUGGCCGGCCGUAGGAGGGCUGACAAAAUGACUGCCAAGCGCCUAGGUGGGCCAAAGUGGGCCCUGGACCUGACCCAGAGGAGCAUAGCACCCUGGAGGGACUUGUUCUUGUGGGCUGUGCUCCAGAAUCGGCAUGAGAUGGCCAACUACUUCUGGGCCAUGGGGCAGGAGGGUGUGGCUGCUGCUCUGGCUGCUUGCAAGAUCCUCAAGGAAAUGUCCCACCUGGAGACUGAGGCUGAGGUGGCCCGAAGCAUGAAGGAAGCCAAUUAUGAGCAUCUGGCUUUGGAGCUCUUCAGUGAGUGUUACAAUAACAGUGAGGACCGAGCCUUUGCCCUGCUGGUGAGAAAGAACCGGGACUGGAGCAAGACCACCUGCCUGCACCUGGCCACUGAGGCUGACACCAAAUCCUUCUUUGCCCAUGAUGGUGUCCAGGCCUUUCUGACCAAAAUCUGGUGGGGAGACAUGGCCACCGGCACCCAGAUCCUGAGGCUCAUCUGUGCUUUUUGCUGCCCUGUUCUCAUCUACACCAACCUGAUCGCCUUCAGUGAGGAGUUUCCUCUGAAGAAUGGGCUGGAGCCCUUUCGAGAGCUGGACAGCCUGGACACAGAGAGCAUGCUGCUUUUCCCCUCCCCCAGCAUCAGGAGGGACGAGUCACGGGAAGGGAGGCGGGGCGGGGCCUGGGCUGUGUCCAGCCCCUUCCUGCUGUCCCGAUGGAAGAAGUUCUGGGGGGCCCCCGUCACCGUCUUCCUGGGGAACAUGGUCAUGUACUUUGCCUUUCUCUUCCUGUUCACCUACGUGCUCCUGGUGGACUUCCAGCCCCCACCGGCUGGCCCCUCAGGGCCCGAGGGGGCCCUCUACUUCUGGGUGUUUACUCUGGUGCUCGAGGAAGUUCGGCAGGGUUUCUUCACUGAUGAAGACACCAACCUCCUGAAGAAAUUCAAGGUGUAUGUGGAGGACAAUUGGAAUAAAUGCGACAUGGUGGCCAUUUUCCUCUUCAUCGUGGGCGUCACCUGCAGGAUGCUGAGCUCCACGUUCGAGGCCGGCCGGACCGUGCUGGCCAUGGACUUCAUGGUGUUCACCCUAAGACUCAUCCACAUUUUUGCCAUUCACAAGCAGCUGGGGCCCAAGAUCAUCAUUGUGGAGAGGAUGAUGAAGGACGUCUUCUUCUUCCUCUUUUUCCUGACCGUGUGGCUCAUUGCCUACGGGGUCACGACGCAGGCCCUGCUCCACCCCAGAGACAGCCGCGUGGAGUGGAUCUUCCGGAGGGUCCUCUACAGGCCCUAUCUGCAAAUCUUCGGGCAGAUCCCCCUGGACGAGAUCGAUGAGGCUCGAGUGAACUGUUCAGCUCACCCCCUGCUGCUGGAGAACUCCCCCUCGUGCCCUAACCUCUACGCCAACUGGCUGGUCAUCCUGCUCUUGGUCACUUUCCUGCUGGUCACCAAUGUGCUACUCAUGAACCUGCUGAUUGCCAUGUUCAGCUACACCUUCCAAGUAGUCCAGGGCAAUGCAGACAUCUUCUGGAAAUUCCAACGCUACAACCUCAUUGUGGAGUACCACGAGCGCCCCGCCCUGGCUCCACCCUUCAUCCUGCUCAGUCAUCUCAGCCUCAUCCUCAAAAAGGCCUUUAAGCAGGAAGAGCACAAGAGGGAACAUCUGGAGAGAGACUUGCCUGAUAGCUUGGACCAGAAAAUUGUCACCUGGGAAACGGUACAAAAGGAAAACUUUUUGGCCAAUCUAGAGAAAAGGAGGAAAGAAAGUACCAAGGAAACAUUAAAAAAAAUAUGCCACAGGGUGGAUUUCAUCAGCCAACACGUGGCAGGCCUGAGAGAACAAGAAAAGCGCAUUCGGGUCCUGGAGUCACAAAUCAAUUACUGCACAGUCGUCCUGUCCACCAUGGCAGACACGCUGACCAGGGCCAGCUCCAUGGAGUGCCAGCUCCCACCAAACUAUCCAAAGCCUGGGCAUGGCAGGGAGGAAGCUUUGGCCAGCUGCAUCCAGGCGAGCAGGGAGGAUGGGACUAGAGAUUCUUCUCAGCUAAGAGAUGCUGCUGAGCCUGUAACAGCAGUGGAGGAGGAGGAGGAGGAGGAGGAGGGCGAAUUCCUCUCCAGGAAGAAGUUCUCAGUCCUUGAUGUUCCUGCAGCCGCAGCUGGCACAUUUUCUGGGUCUGGAGAUGGCAGUUUCUCCAGCCUGUGA